AUGGCGACUACCGAAAGAUUCCUUCACCUCGACCACCCCCAACGCUUCCCUCGCGAUCGUUCCAUCUCCUCCGGCGUCCGCCACUCUUUCUCCGCCUCCGUCUCCGGUCAUCCAAAGCCGCCGCUGCCACGGCCACGUCCGACGUGCUUGUGCUCUCCUACCACGCACCCUGGGUCCUUCCGCUGCGCUCGCCACCGGAGAUCUGCAAUCGGCGGUGGCAAAGCCGUAACCACGAAAGCUCCGAGUCCGAGUCCGAGUCCGGUGCCGAUUCGCGAGUUCGCGGUUACUGAUGGAUUGAAGCUUCGUAGAUCGGCGAUGGUGAAUUCGCUGGCGAGGAUCGGAGGAGUAGAAGGAGAGGUCGCGAAGAGAACAAUGGCGGCUCUGUCUCGACCUCCGUCGUCUCAAAAUCUCCGGCGUCGCUCCGAAUUCCGGCCCCGGCCAAGCCGGUUCUCCGUUAUGUGCAGGGAUCAGGGUUUAUGA